AUGACAAACAAUAACAAUAACUCACAGUGUCACGGAUUCAGUUGUGGUUUAGACUAUGCAGACAUUGGUGAUUUGGUCGAAGAGGUUGGGAUGACCUACAAUCUCGGCUUUGAUUUCUUGUCUGUGCCCAUCUCAACCAAACCAGAGGGAGAUGAUUGGGCUGUGCAACAAUCACCUGCACCUACAUCUACAAUAGACCCUCUUUUACGUAGCGAUCUUUUACUUGACUCUUCGCAAUGGAAGAGUGUCAUUGUCCCAAAAGUAUCUGAAUGGAUUGACGUUGAUUCAAACGAUAAACAAACAAGAUUAAGAUCAACUGCUAUUAUGAAAAAUGAGAUAUCAUGGUCGGCUCAUGUUGCAGUACCUGCAUUAUUAAUACCUCCACCCAAACGAGAACAAUCACCAAACUAUGCACAAGUAAUCAAUCAAUCAUUAUUGUCAUUGAUGAAUAUGAAGAUGUGGAUGAGAAUGCCACUUAAUCUCACAAGUGAUAAAGAUGACGAGAAUUCUAACAAAGAACCAUUAUUAAUCAAUACAUGGAAAUGGUGGAAUAACUUUAGAAUGCUUUGUAAUCAUCAUCCAUCACUAUUCCUUGCAUUAGAGAUGACAAAGACACUACCCAAUCAACAAACACUUGAACAAUGGUUGGGUGAACCAGUCAAAUGUUUUAUCAUUCCAACAUCUGUAUUUGAAAUCAACAAGGCUGGUUUCCCAACACUCUCAAAAGAUCAUCAAAAAUUCCUUAAACAAAUAUUCAAGCAUAACAUACAAUUUAUAAUUAGUAGAGAUUCGACAACAACAACAACAACAACAACAACAAAAGAUACUACGACUACUACUACUACUCCUACUACUAAAAUGGAUAUUAAAUUGUAUCAUCAAUAUAUUCAAUUCCUUCAUAGUAAUCAGAGCCCAAUGUCUGAUCAAGAGUGUCUUGAACAACCAUACCUCGAUUAUUUACAGGCACCUUUACAACCGUUGAUGGAUAAUCUCGAGUCACAAACAUACGAAAUAUUUGAAAAGGAUCCAAUCAAAUACAAGGAAUAUCAACGUGCCAUUGGUAAAGCACUUGUCAAACGUACUGGAGAUAACGAGACUAUGCACACUACAGUUAUGGUAGUGGGUGCUGGUCGUGGUCCACUUGUUCAAGCUGCCAUUUCUGCUUCAAAAGAUGUAAAUCGUCCAAUCACUGUAUAUGCAGUUGAAAAGAAUCCAAAUGCCAUCAUAACAUUAAAAGGAAAAUUACAAUUAAAUCAAGAAUGGAAAGAUAGAGUAACGAUUAUAGAUAGUGAUAUGAGAUAUUGGAGAACUGAUGUAAAGGCAGAUAUUAUGGUUAGUGAAUUAUUGGGUUCAUUUGGAGACAAUGAAUUGAGUCCAGAGUGUUUGGAUGGUGCUCAACGAUUUAUGGCAGAGGAUGGUGUUAGUAUUCCAGCAUGGUAUACAUCCUAUGUUGCACCAAUGUCAUCGUCUCGACUAUACAAUGAAGUUGCCAAUUACAACACUCUCAAGAGUUUCGAGACACCCUAUGUUGUCAAACCACACAACUUUUACCAAUUGGCCGAGUCUCAACCUCUCUUUACCUUUUCACAUCCCAAUGAAUCUCUUCGUGACGCAUUCAAGAAUGCCAGUCAUCCCGACAGCGUCAAUGUCAUGUCGGUGGUCGACAACACCCGAUUCGACAGUCUCACCUUUAAUAUUGGUGUAGACGAUGCCACUCUCCACGGAUUCAUUGGCUUUUUCGAUUGUUGUCUCUUUGACGAUGUUCACAUUAGCAUUAAUCCAGCCAAUUUCUCAACGGGUAUGUUUAGUUGGUUCCCCAUCUACUUUCCCAUUAAAGAGCCAAUGAGUGUCUCUUCUAAACACCCAAUCACCGUUCACUUUUGGAGAAACUCUAAUCGCUCCAAAGUAUGGUAUGAAUGGUCUUCCAUCUCUUCAUCCAAUGUCACCCCAAUUCACAAUCCAUCAGGUAGAUCAUAUUGGAUUGGUUUAUAG